AGGAGUGUAAACGCCUAAAGAAGAGUCUGCCGCUAGCCAGCGUGGAUAUGUCGGACCCGGCGGCGCAGGCCCUCCAACCCCGGCUUCUCCAAGCCCCGUCCGGCGGUCCUGCUGGGGCCAACACCGCAGCAGCGAGCUCUGGGUCGGGGAACAGCGAUCCGGCGAGACCGGGCCUGAGUCAGCAACAACGGGCAAGCCAGAAGAAAGCUCAAGUUCGAGCUUUCCCGCGGGCGAAAAAGCUUGAGAAACUUGGCGUCUUCUCCGCAUGCAAGGCCAGUGAUACAUGCCAAUGCAAUGGCUGGAAAAACCCAAAUCCACCCACAGCCCCUCGUAUGGACCUGCAGCAGCAAGCAGCCAGUCUGAGUGAGCCCUGUCGAAGCUGUGGACAUGCUUUGGCUGACCAUGUGUCCCACCUGGAGAAUGUGUCCGAGGAAGAGAUUAACAGGCUGUUGGGGAUGGUGGUGGAUGUGGAGAACCUCUUCAUGUCUGUGCACAAAGAGGAGGAUACAGACACCAAACAGGUCUACUUCUACCUCUUCAAGCUGCUGAGGAAAUGCAUCCUACAGAUGAGCCAGCCCAUUGUAGAGGGAUCUCUAGGUAGCCCACCCUUUGAAAAACCCAACAUCGAGCAGGGGGUGUUAAAUUUUGUUCAGUAUAAAUUUAGCCACUUGGCUCCCAAGGAAAGACAGACCAUGUUCGAACUUUCAAAGAUGUUCCUAUUGUGUCUGAACUACUGGAAGUUGGAGACUCCCACGCAGUAUCGCCAGCGCUCCCAGAAAGAUGACGGUACUGCAUACAAAGUGGACUACACUAGGUGGUUGUGCUACUGCCAUGUCCCUCAGAGUAAUGACAGUCUACCGCGCUAUGAAACCACUCAGGUGUUUGGCCGUAGCUUGCUCAAGUCCAUCUUCACCGUGACGCGGCGGCAGCUUCUGGAGAAGUUCAGAGUGGAGAAAGAUAAACUCCUGCCAGAGAAACGUACACUCAUCCUCACACACUUCCCCAAAUUCUUGUCCAUGCUGGAAGAAGAAAUCUAUGGGGAGAAUUCACCCAUCUGGGAGGCUGACUUCACCAUGCCUGCCUCAGAUGGAACACAGCUGGGACACCAAACAGUGAUCAGUCCGGCUUCAGUGUCUGGCUCCCCCUCUCUCUCCAAGAGCAAAAGCAGUGGCUCCUCUUUGGGUAGCAUGGACACAGCAGGGGCCGAGCCCAUCACAGGAGAGAAACGCAAGCUUCCCGAGGCACUGACCCUGGAGGAUGCCAAGCGAAUCCGGGUGAUGGGAGACAUUCCGAUGGAACUGGUCAAUGAGGUCAUGAUGACCAUCACUGACCCAGCUGCCAUGCUGGGGCCUGAGACAAACUUAUUGACGCCAAACGCUGCCCGUGAUGAGACUGCCAGGUUGGAGGAGAGGCGCGGCAUCAUAGAGUUCCACGUCAUUGGGAACUCGCUCUCCCAGAAGUCUAACAAGAAGAUCUUGAUGUGGCUGGUUGGCCUGCAGAAUGUCUUCUCUCAUCAGUUACCUCGCAUGCCCAAAGAGUAUAUCACACGACUGGUGUUUGAUCCGAAGCACAAGACCCUAGCCCUUAUCAAAGAUGGCCGUGUCAUCGGAGGCAUCUGUUUUAGGAUGUUUCCAACUCAGGGCUUCACCGAGAUUGUGUUCUGUGCCGUCACUUCUAAUGAGCAAGUGAAGGGCUAUGGAACUCAUCUGAUGAAUCACCUGAAAGAGUACCAUAUCAAACACAACAUCCUCUAUUUCCUCACCUAUGCUGAUGAGUAUGCCAUUGGCUACUUCAAGAAGCAGGGCUUUUCCAAAGACAUCAAAGUGCCGAAGAGCCGUUACCUGGGUUACAUCAAGGACUACGAGGGAGCCACUCUCAUGGAGUGCGAGCUGAACCCUAGGAUCCCCUACACUGAGCUCUCUCACAUUAUCAAGAGACAGAAAGAGAUCAUUAAGAAGCUGAUCGAGAGGAAGCAGAGCCAAAUUAGAAAGGUGUACCCAGGCCUCACCUGCUUCAAGGAGGGAGUACGACAGAUUCCUGUGGAGAGCAUUCCAGGCAUCAGAGAGACCGGUUGGAAGCCAAGCACUAAGGAGAAAGGCAAAGAGGUGAAAGAUCCCGAUUUGUUGUACAACAUGCUGAAAAACCUCCUGGCGCAGAUAAAGACUCAUCCUGAUGCCUGGCCCUUCAUGGAACCAGUGAAGAAAUCAGAAGCUCCAGAUUAUUAUGAGAUCAUCCGCUUCCCCAUUGACCUAAAGACUAUGACGGAGAGGCUGAAGAACAGAUACUACGUGACCAAGAAGUUGUUCAUCGCUGACCUGCAGCGCAUCAUCACUAACUGUCGUGAGUACAACCCCCCAGACAGUGAGUACUGCAAGUGUGCCAACACGCUGGAGAAGUUCUUCUACUUCAAGUUGAAAGAUGGAGGCCUGAUUGAGAAGUGAAAUCAUUAUCAGACUACUAUGUGUAGCUUUGCUCACAGACGGACAAGGAGGGACGUGAAUGGUUACCACACACAAAAAAUGGAGUAUGUGUCAUCAGGAAAUCACCUCCAGCUUUUUUCAUACUGCGAGUAAUCAAAGUUUGUAUGAAUGGAAGUUUGUGGAUGUGACUGAAUGAAGGGAAUGGUUUGGCUAGUAGGAAUGUUAUGGUAGGGGUUUUGGAAAUGCUCAGAGGGCCAGUUAAGCAUCAAAACCUGUCAGAAUGACAUUAUCUUCCCCCUUUCAGACAUUUUAAAGUCCUUUUCCUUUUUCCUGUACUCAAAAUGACUUAAUGAAAAUUCUUAACAUAUACGUUCCAGUUUCAGUGUACCAAAGUGACAGGUCCCAGUUAGAGUCAUGCCAUUCUUCAGUUAUAGUUUGACAUUGUAAGUACAGCACGAUGUAAUUUUUGUUAAUUGUAAUGGGGUUUGUUUCAGCUUUCAUGCCACAAAGACCAUCACACAGAUGUACAUAAUUUAGAGUUCUGCCACAGGAGACUGGACUAUGGGACCUAAGCCACUGUUGCCUUCCGCUGCUGACACUUGAACAGGCCAGUUGACUUCAUGGGUGUACAGACCAUGUCACCUUCAGAGGUAGCCUUUUUAAAGAAGACACACAUUCAGUGAAAGACCAGUAGUACUUUAACAAGUAGUUAGACAGUGCUUGACCUCCUCAAGUGUUGGGCUGGACAGAAGAGAUUUACAACACUUGCAUGCUUAGUUAAAAACACACAUCCUGGGCGUCCGGGUAGCGUAGCGGUCUAUUCUGUUGCCUACCAACACGGGGAUCGCCGGUUCGAAUCCCCGUGUUACCUCCGGCUUGGUUGGGCAUCCCUACAGACACAAUUGGCGUGUCUGCGGCUGGGAAGCCGGAUGUCGGUAUGUGUCCUGGUCGCUGCACUAGCACCUGCUCUGGUCAGUCAGGGUGCCUGUUCAGGGGGGAGGGGGAGUUGGGGGGGAAAGCGUGAUCCUCCCACAUGCUACAUCCCCCUGGCAAAACUCCUCACUGUCAGGUGAAAAGAAGCGACUGGUGACGCCACAUGUAUUGGAGGAAGCAUGUGGUAAUCUGCAGCCCUCCCCGGAUCGGCAGAGGGGGUGGAGCAGCAACCGGGACAGCUCGGAAGAAUGGCGCAAUUGGCCAUGUACAAUUGGAGAGAAAAAAAGGGGGGGGGGGGAAACCACACUUCCCAAAGUUUUCAAACAGCAACAGCGUAUUAGACACCUCUCUACAGUGAACAACACUUAUUGUAGUUGAAAUGUCACUUGUUGGGUUUUUAUUCCAAUCCAUUUAAGGUGCAGUCACAUGGUAGUGUUGGAAGUACUGAAUUCAGUAGUAGCUUUGCUUACCGAGACUGAUUACAGAUGACAGUUGGUGGCAUUUUUUUCAUUGUCAUGAUAGAAUCUUUAAGUCACUUCCACAUAUCUUGCCAGUUAGCUAUUUCUGUUAGAUGCACAGCCACAUAUUUGUGGUGGUCAAAGGUGUUAUGAAUAGUUCGUGUUGACAAAACUUAAAACUUUGUGUGACCUGACCAGUGGUUGACACCCACAUUGGUUGUGUUCUAUUGGACAUAUAUGCUAAGGAUGUGCAAAAGACACUUUCUGGUUUUUUGAUCACUCCGUAGUCAAAAGCUGUAAUAGCUGUUGCAUGCCGGACAGUCUACAGUUCGUAUUCAUGAAGGCAAACAGUCAAACAUUUAAAUUUGCAGCCACGAUUUUUGCCAUGGGUCAAGUGUCCAAUUGAGUGCUUCCCGAGAUGCUCUUUGGGAGGACAUUUUGGGAUGUGGUGGAUCAGUGCCGAUUGAGCCUGCUUGUUGAGAGGUCCAUUUACACAGGUGUAUGUCUCUUUCUAUAUAGCUAUAUAUGUGUGCGCGUGUGUUUAUUUUGUACUUGAACCGCGACUGGCUUUGAAUAACUGAAGUGAUGUCAGUGUCAUUAUUCAGGGUUGUCCGUUUGAUAUGUUUCCUUUUGAUCUACCUAUGCUGCAUUACAGAUUCUCUUACACGGACUGAGCGAAACUUUCAACUGUAACAGGACUGCUACUGUCUCUAGAUCUGUUAUAAAUGCAAAUUACUGUAACUGUAAUACUGUAAUUCAUUAUAAUAAAGAUUUUUGUAUAAG